CGCCUGUAACGUUGUUGGUUUGAUCCCCGCCAACACACAAAGAAGAAAAAAGGGACCUGUGAGGGGCGGGACUUUGUUGGAGGGGCUAUCGUUUAUUUGUAGUUUAAAAAAAAAUCAAGAUCGCAACUUUAAAAAAACUUGAUUUGCAUUUUAAAACUGUGGAAAGGAAAUACCGAGGAGAGGUGAAGAUGGAUGCAGGUGAAGAUCAAAACACAGGCACCACUAAUGGAAAUCCUCAGGCAAGCGGGAACUCUCGCGUGUCCCAGAUCGCUCAAAUGUCUCUGUAUGAGAGACAGGCUGUACAGGCUCUCCAGGCACUUCAAAGACAGCCGAAUGCAACUCAGUUCAUGCAGCUCAUGCUGCAGCAGCAGAUCAAUAAUGCCCAACUUCACAACUUGGCCGCUGUGCAACAGGCCACACUUGCAGCUAGUCGUCAGUCCAAUACCCCGAGUAACAGCAUGUCUCAGGCGCCAACCACUGUCAACUUAAGCACUACAUCUGCAGGAGGUACCAUGACCAAUCCCCGUCCCCACGGCCCGGCCACCUCUGCAACAACAACAGCUCUCAACCAAUCAGUGUUGCUGGGUGGGAACUCUGCAGGACAGGGACAGAUGUAUCUUAGGGUUAACCGCUCUCUCAGGACUCCCCUUACCUCUCAGCUCAUCUUCAUGCCUGGUGGUACAGCGACAGCUACUGUAGCAACAGUUGCCCAGACACAGCCUCAGCAGCAGCAGCAGCAACAGCAGCAUGAAGUUGCUCCUGCCGCUGCUAGUGCCCAAUCUGACAAUGAUCAGGUGCAGAAUCUGGCUCUGCACUGUGCCACCAGAGCAGUUGCUGUCAAGUCUGAGCUCCCAGAGAGGAAAGAUGUUGCCAGUUUCCCUCUCGGUCAACAGCAGCAGACUUUUGCCCAGACAGCUCAGCAGCAGCAAGUGCAACCACAACAGCAGCAACAAAUGGCCAAACCUAACUUUACUCAGCAGUCCACCACCAACACCAUGGCUGUAAAGACUGGAAACCAGGCUGCCAUGGCUGUUACUCCUGCCCCUUCUGGAGUUCCUUCCUCCACCGCCUCUCCAGCACUCCCUCUUUCCCAACUCCUCCUAUCCUCCUCUGCUGCCCCUGUGAUUCUAGUGCCCACCUCAAGUGUUCCUACCACUACUCAGGGCUACACCAUUGGCUCAGUGACCCCAAAAGCUAACGUUAACACUCAGACUCUGGUGGUGCAGCCCCUGCAACAGGCCAACACUACUGCAGACAAAGGCCCUGUGCCUAUCCAGCCCAAGACAGCUCAGGGACACCGCUUACCUGUGCAGCUGCCCCCUCGGCACCCACCUCCCAUUCUCCCAGCACCACCUAGCAACAGCCAGGCCACUACUGGGGGGCACAACACUCCCCACAUCCCCGUGCAGCUUGUGGGAGCCAGGCAGGGCUUAGCAGGAAAUGCACAGGCUGUGGCUCUGGCACAGGUACGGAGCAGCACAGGCCAGGAAAGUACAGCUGGUGGGAACAUUAUCUCCAACAACAGUGCUAUGAUAAAGCCUGCCAUUGGAUCUCUGAAAAGGAAAUCUGACUGUGAUGCAUCAAAUGAGAUGGUGACUGAAUCUUCAGACUCUGCACCCAUGAAAGAUUCUGCUCCUCCGUUAUCUCCUGCCCCUACAAAGGACUCAGCUCCUCUUCUAGCGACUGCCUUCCCAUCUCCUCCCACCCUUUCCUUGCCUCUGCCCUUGUCAAGAGUCGGGCUUGGGGACAAAGACAGAGCGCCUGUUCCACAGGCAGUGGUCAAACCUCAAGUCCUCACCCACCUCAUAGAGGGCUUUGUGAUCCAGGAGGGAGCUGAACCUUUCCCUGUUGCUGGACUCCUCAAAGACAGAGACUUUGCCCUGGUUGGCCGCUCAGAGAACGGACCUCCAUUGUUGAAGUGUGAGUACUGUGGAAGCCUCGCCCCAGCCAGCCAGUUCAGAGGAUCAAAGAGGUUCUGUUCAAAUACUUGUGCAAAGAGGUAUAAUGUGAGUUGCAGCCAACACUUCAAGACAAGUAGAGGAAGGACUGGUGCAGGCCUGGCACCACCUCCAGCACCCACUGAGAGCGCUGCUAGGCGAAGGGGCCCCUCUCGCAGGAGCAGUUCGAAUAACACCUGUAAUAAAAUAUCAAGCAGGCAUCUACCUGUCGAGUGUAACUCAGAGUCCAGCCGUUCAGACGACAUAUCCAGUGAAGGGGAUGGAGAGGAGGACGAUUCCCCUUCACUGUCCCCGAGCUCUUCACACUCCUGCUCAAGAGCCAGGCACAGCGCUCCUACGUCUGACAGCUCAGCUCCAGGUAGCCUCCCACUAGAGGGGGCUAACUUUCUCUCUGCAACUCCUGCUCAGUGGAGUGUGGAAGAAGUCUGCAGGUUUAUCUCUUCACUUCAAGGCUGUGAAGAGCUGGCCGCUCAGUUUCUGUCACAGGAAAUAGACGGACAGGCUCUGCUGCUUCUGCGAGAGGAGCAUCUCAUCUCUACUAUGAAUAUCAAGCUGGGUCCCGCUCUCAAGAUCUGUGCCUCCAUCAACACCCUGCGUGAGUGAUCAGUCGAGGCUUCAGAGGGACAACAGCAUCUCAUUGAUGACUUCUCACUGAGUCCUGCUCCUGUUUUAGGAAGACUUUAAGAUCUCUGAGGACAGUGAGAAUGUGUUUUUUUUGUUUGUUUUUUUACAAAACUAUGGUGCACCAUCAAUCAUGUGGAGACAUGAGGAUGGACGGUUUACUUUCUGGACAUUGAAUGUGCAAAAACAUGUACGUGUACUGUUAUGGGUGAGUGGUGAGCAUGGGCAGUCUGAAGUAUCCAAGUAAGUAGUGUCUAUCAGUCCUUUUUCCGUCACUGUGAGUAGAGGCCUUUUGUAUGUAUACUCAUGUGAAACUGCAAACCUGCCAGCCUGCAGUUAACGGUGCUAGGAAAGUUUAAAAAAAAAAGAGAGAGAAAGAAAGAAACGUUGCGUUCUUGCUGUAUUUCAAACAGUGCUUUAACUUUAGUGAUAUAUGAUUUGGAGUGAUGUCAACAACACUUCACUUUAAAUAUUUCAGUCUUUUUAGUAGUUACUUGUUAUUUUAUCAUAGAUAUUUGAUCCAGGCUUCAAUCAUAUGACGCAAUGGACACUCAAAAAAAAAGAAAAAGAAAAAAAGCCUGGUUUGUUUUUAAGUAGUUUAUUUUACCAGUUAUUAAAAGUUUAGUUUUGUAUCUUUUUCCAUUUUGUACUACAAUCAAAAUUAUUUUUUCAUGAAUACAGUAUAGUUUUAGUAGCUUUAAUCAACUUAACUACCUGAAAAUAGGUAUUCCUCAUGGUUUGCUCACUCAAAGGGCUGAGUGGAAGUGCUCUGUGUACAUAAACAAUACCUGUUACUG